AUGUUGCCGGAAAUGACGAUUCCGCUGGGCGACAUGGCGGAGGAGGUGGAUGUAGAUAUUGAAGGAGAUGAAGCUGAGCCUAACCUGGGUGAGGAUGGUGGUACAGUUCCCGGAUUCCUGCAGGACCAUUAUUUGGAUUCUUCCUGGAGAAGUAACAGUGGCAUUUUGUCCUGGACUUUGGAUAGUUCUCUCAGUGAGGAGAAUAGAGCAGUUAUUGAGAAGAUGUUACAAGAGGAAGAGUACUACCUAACUGGGAAAAAAUACCCACAAAGCAGCUGGUCUGAUCAUCCAGAAAGAGGAAAAGUAUCUGUGAAAGGUAUUCGUCAAAAGAAAACUGUGAAAAGUCGGAGUCUUGCAACAGCAAGCACUUCUUGGCCAGCCCGAUGGACACCAAGGGAAAAAGACCUUUUUGAACAAGGGCUGGCCCAAUUUGGUCGACGAUGGACAAAAAUUGCAAAGCUGAUCGAAUCACGGACAGUACUGCAGGUGAAAAGUUAUGCCAGACAGUAUUUUAAGAGCAAGGCAAAAAAUGAAAGCCCUGUGACAGAGCCAAGUAUCUGGACUCCUAAAGCAACAGUUACUUCUGAAAAUGGAGCUGGGCAUUUGAAGAUAGGACUAGAGCCUUACAGCAGUACAGCAUCACAAGGUCAAGCUUUUCUCACUGUCAACACUGUUAAGAUUGAGCAUUUGUCUGAUGAUGAAGAUGUGGAUGUCUUGGAUGAAACAGAUAGUGACUGUGAUGGACUUCAUGAGCAGAAAGAAGUAAAAGCUCAAUUUGAUUCAAAGACAGAUGAACCCAAGGCGAAUAGCCAUGGUGACAGUGUUUUUGAACUAGAUGAAUCCCUGCUUAUUUCUUCCACUCCUGCUAUGACCUUGCAAAAAUGUUAUCAGAUAUCAGACACACAGGAAAUAUCCAACAAUAGUAAGACAAAUGGUAGCAAUACUGACAGCAUAAAGUCCAUGAUUGAUGAGAGUAAAGAAAAUGAAACACCAAUAAGAGGAGCAAAGGAAGACUCUGUGGGCUACACAAAUUGUGAACCUGCUCCUGAUACAAUGAGUGAAAAAUUAGCAAAGCAAGUACCAGAAUUUCUAGGAUUUAAUCAUUUAGAAGAAAAGGAGGAAUCUCAAAAUGAUAACUCUGCAUAUAGUGUGGUAGAUUCAGUUUGUGAAAUGGAAGUAGAUGAAGAGAACUGUGAUAGUGAAGGAGAGAUAUUAAAACUCCCUGUACAAGAAGUUGUACUAGACAGAAGUAUGAUCACAGAAGAUGAGAAACAAGCUAUUCCUGAGUUUUUUGAAGGACGAUCAUCGAAAACACCAGAACGUUUUCUAAAAAUACGCAACUACAUCUUGGAUCAGUGGGACAAAUGUAAACCUAAAUAUUUGAAUAAAACAUCAGUGCGUCCAGGCCUGAAAAAUUGUGGAGACGUCAAUUGCAUUGGACGGAUACAUACAUAUUUGGAACUCAUUGGAGCGAUAAAUUUUGGCUGUGAACAAGCAGUGUAUAAUCGACCAAGACCUGCGGAUCGAACCCGCAAUAGAGAAGAGGGGAAGGACAGUGUACAGACAUAUGUGCUUGCUCAGAGAUUACAAUCAAUGCGUACCAGAAAGCGACGUGUGCGUGAUUCUUGGGGCAAUUGGUGUGAUGCUAAGGAUCUGGAGGGGCAAACGUUUGAGCAUCUCACAGCAGAAGAACUGGCCAAAAGGCACAAGGAAGUAUUGAACAGGCCUCCAAAACCAGCAAGAGCAUUGCGUCAUUCAAAGAGCACUUUAGAUCCUUUCCAGCUGAUCCCAUGUCUCUGCUUCAAUGAAGACAAACUGGAGCCAUUUGAGGUGAAGGUAUCUGCAGAGGCAUUGCUCGUGAUGGAUAUGCAUGCCCAUGUGUCCAUGGCAGAAGUGAUUGGCCUAUUAGGUGGGAGGUAUUCUUCAGGAAAGAAAAUAUUAGAGAUCUUUGUUGCAGAGCCAUGCAACAGCCUAAGCACAGGACUUCAGUGCGAAAUGGAUCCCGUGUCACAAACCCAAGCAUCAGAGGCUCUAGCUGGACGAGGAUACAGCAUUGUUGGAUGGUACCAUUCACACCCUGCUUUUGAUCCUAAUCCAUCUUUAAGGGACAUUGAUACCCAAGCAAAGUAUCAGAAUUACUUUUCACGUGGAGGAACACAAUUUGUUGGAAUGAUCAUCAGUCCGUACAAUAUUUGCAACUCCUUGCCUUACUCCCAGGUCACAUGUCUUAUAGUUAGUGAAGAACUCAGUGCAGAUGGCAGUUUCCGCCUUCCAUACAAAUGUGAGCUGAAGCAGUUGAAUGAAGAACCUCUGUGGGUACGGUUGAUAGAUAAAGCACGCUGGAUAAUGGAGAAGUACAAGCUAUCCCUUAGUAGUGUGCCAAUGCUUCGAAUGUUUCAUAGACACUCCAACUUAACAUGUCUGCAGAAGCUGCUUGAAUCCAUGCGGAAAACAUUGGAAAAUCAGUGGAAUACUGCAGUCACUGAAGAGUUUCUGGCCCAGAUUGAAGAUUUGUUCCUUUCAGGUUAUACUGUUGAAGACAGGAACAAUAAAUUUGAAGCUAUUGCUGAGCUUCCAGUAGAAUCCAGUAAUUAAUUCCUUCUGCAUGUAUUUGUACUGAUAUUAGUGUCUGAUAUUUCACUUUCAAAAAUCUAAUGGCAUUUUUAGAAAGAUGGCCCAAUGUUGUAGUGAAAGAGCCAGUGGAAUUUUUAGUACAAUUUGGCUUGUUUGUAAAGGAAAAUAAAUAAGAAAGAAAGUCCAUGAGAUACAACAAUUUUUUUUAAAGAUUAACUACUCAGAAUUUCUUUAACAGUUUUUCCUGCUGUAUUGGAGUAUUAUUACAAAAAUUAAGUUGUUUAUGGGGCCAUUGAAAAAAAAUUCAAACAGAAACAGCAGGUGCUAUAGUUUAAAACUAUUUUGACUGCUUCUGGAUAGUUACUGGAGCCUGGGAUCUCAGCAAGAAAAUCUGCAUCCAAGGUGUCUUUUGUCUUCUCAGAUUUCACCAACUUCCAUAUUUUGCAGUUGAAUGUGGCCUUCCGUGAUGUUUCCAUUUUUGUUAAGUAGAACGUCACAGUUACCGUACCUGAGAUUUCAACAAUGAUCUUGGUGGCACAAGUAAGGCUGCGUUUAUUUUAAAAGGAACGAAGAGUUUAACAGUAACACAAACAAAAUACUGGAGGAACAGCAGGCCAGGCAGAAUCUAUGAAAAACAAUAAAUAUUCAACAUUUCCGGCCUGGACCCUUCAUCAGGACUUGAAACAUCGACUGUUUAUUCUUUCCAUAGAUGCUGCCCUUCUGUAUGUGUCACCCUGGACGUCCAGCAUUUACAGAUUCACUUGUGUUGAUAAAGAGUUUAAGGAGCAUUUCCAGAAAGGUUCUGUGCAGCAAUCCAGUUUUUCUGCUAUGCUCUAAACAGCAUCAUUUUCUCUUGCAAUGCCAGACCAAAGGUAUUGUUUUGAAAUAUAAUAUGUGACAUCUGGCUUAUAAGCCUCAGAUUUUAGCUAAUACAGUGACAUGUGGACUCCUGUUCCUGAAAUCUGAACUGUGAGCAGAAGUGCAUGUUUUAUUUCAUUAUUUAGAUACUGAUCUGAAGUGGCAGUUAAGUGCUUAUUCAGAACUGAUCAUCUUUCCUAUAUGUUUCCCUAAAACCAUAAAUAGUCAUGAUGCUACUUAGUUUUCCUCCUACUUCUGUGUUUUAAGAAGAAUGGAGAAUACUAUUUGCAAUAAUGUCAAAGGAUAUUCAUAGUUUCAGGGUUAAGAUGGAAGUAACAGUUGAAAUAAUAAAUAUGGCAGACUGCAUAGAAAGUGUUUGAUACCAAAGUCAGGUGUUGAAUCUAUGGUUGGAUUAACAAUUUAUUGAUAAACUCAGUUGAAACCAGUUAUUGCAAAAUAGUCGAAACCCCUUGCACCAUGUAAAGUAUUAAAUAUUGUAUAUAACAUUGUAUUAGUGUUUGCAAUGGCUGAGAGAGCGUUCCCUGGAAAUUUAAGAAUAUUUUAGGUGUCCCAUGGUGUUGGAUGCAUCUUUAAUACUCCUGGUCGAGGUAACUGCUUUAUGAGGCAGAUAAAGUAGUCAUCAAUGGAAAUCACAUAAACUAGUAGUGUAUUUUCUUGGUAUAACUGUAGCAAUUCUGUCACAGUUGUUAACACAGACAUUUGCUGCCUUCAAAGAAACAACCACAAUGCAAAUUAAAGAUAAUGUAACUUCUAAGCAAUUGGCUUAGAGAUUGCAUUUUAGGAUCCUGUGAUUUUAUUACUGCUCAUUAGGAAAUUCCUUAGAUUACUGGAAUCUAUAUGAAUUAUUAUAACUUGGAAGCAAGUUUUAGAAUCAGGAAGUUGACGAUUCCAUGUUUAUUUUAGGUCAUGUGAGAGAAAAUUCUUCACAUUCGUUAUCUGUUUAAUUACAUUUUUGGUAUGAGAACCAUGGUGAUAGGUCUUCAUUUGGUCAUCUUGUACAGAAAACUAUCCAGGGUCUUUUAAGAGACUCCUGGAUAGGUACAUGGAGCUUAGAAAAAUAGACAGCUAUGGGGAACCCUAUGUAAUUUCUAAGUAUAUGUUUGGCACAACUUUGUGGGCCGAAAGGCCUGUAUUGUGCUGUAGGUUUUCUAUGUUUCUAUGUAACUUGGACUACUCUUCUAAAUUAAGAAAUCAUGACAUUUUAUAUAACAAAGAUGACUGGAGUGAGCAAAUGCCCUUUGUUGCAGUUAUAACAAUUUGUAUACAGUCGUGAUACCUGUAACGUCAGCAAUUCCUUCCCCACCUCCUACCCCCUCUAAUGUUGUUUGAGCUACUGAGUUCCUGCAGCAGUUAGUUGUUGCUUCUGAUUCCAACACCUGCAGUCCAUUGUUUCUCCAUAACAAAAUCUCAUGUAUGUAAAGAUUAGAUCUUCUCCGGGCUUCUUCUAAAAUCUAAAGAAAGCAUGAGAGUGACAACAAGAAAACUGCAUUUUGUUUUAUUUUUGGUGCAGUUUAUUGGUGAGCAUGGAACGUCUUCAGUGUUUUGAUUGGAACAUCCAGCAACAUGUAGUGCUAAUAAUCAAAAUAAUAUAAUUUUUCAGAAUAAAACUUUAUAAGAGGUCAUCCUAAUCAACAAAUGAUUCUGUCAUCCAUUGCUCCAAAUAUUUUAUUUUAUCUUGACAAUGAGUUUACUGACCUUCAAAAAUAUGCUAAUCUGAGGAACCAAGAACACAGAAAUUUUCAACAGUAAAAGUCUUCAGUUCUAUUUGUACAUCAGUAGCUACAUUAAGACAGCGUGGAAGUCGUAGUUUUUGUAAGAGUCCACAUUUUCCUCCCAGUAACAUACAGGAACCAACAUUUUUGGUGCUUUUUAAAAAAAAUCCAGCUCUUUUCCCAGGUUUGCAGUGUAUUUGUGUUGGAAACUGAAAGGAAGUUCAUUGUAUCUGUCUUUGAUGGACUUGGACUGUACAAAGAAAUAAAAGAUUGACUUUUUAUGUUAGUGAUAAUGUACUUUAUCAAACAUUUUCAUGAUGUGUAAAUGUAUAAAUGUUGCCAAUUUAAAAAUGAAGGAAUUUAUAGUCAUAUUCCUUAUGUAAUGUAAACAAUUCAAAUCAAAACUGCAUGGGAAAUAUAAAAGUGAAUUAUUUUGUGACAGGUGCAUUUUGCAACAUUAAAAAAAUCAGAUUAACUUCCACAGAUGUUGAAAGAAGCAGCUUUGUUUCCAUUUGGUUCACAAGGAAUUGAAGUAAAACAGGUUCUGUUUAUUCUAUUUAGAGUUAUUGAAAGGUGCAACACAGAAACUGGCCCUUCAGCCGAUCUUCCUCUAGACCUGCACUGCCUCUUCCUAUAGACCUGCACUGGGACCAUAGCCUUCCAUACCCCUACCAUCCAUGUGCCUUUUCUAACUUCUCUUCAACGUUGAAAUUAAGCUUGCAUGCACCCCUUGCACUGGCAGUACGUUCCACACUCUCACGAUCCUCUGAAUGAAGAAGUCUCCCCUCACGUUCCCCUUAAAUUUCUCAUCUUAACCCGUUUUCUGAUUGUAGUCCCACCCAACCUCAGUGAAAAAGCCUGCUUGCAUUUAUGCUAUAUUAACCCUUCAUAAUUGUUUAUGCCUUUAACAAAUCUCCCCCCCCCACAAGUCUUCUACAUUUCAAGGAAUAUAGCCCUAACCUAUUCAAUCUUUCCUUAUAACUUGUGUCCUCCAGUCCGAGCAACAUCCUUGUAAAUUUUCUCUGUACUCUUUCAACCUUAUUUACAUCUUUACAUCUUUUGAAUAAACAAUAAAAAUACCUUCAUAUUUUUGUGAUUGUUUUGCAUAAUGCAGCAUGAUCUCACAGAUCAAAAACUACAUGAGCAAUUCAAGGUUUGCUCUUGUCGUUUAACUUCAGAAACUUAUGUUAAAUUCUUAAAAUUCCUAGUUCUUCUGAUCUCUUUGAACCGUUUUGUAUAUGCUGCAUAUUUAAAUUGAGGCAUAUUUAAAUUAUAAAUCUGAGAUAACCCAAAAUACUACUAUAGGAUAAUUCAACAAUUUUAAAUAGCUUACUGAUGUUUAACAAUGCUCAAAACCACUCUGGCACAGUCCCAGGUUCUUGGUGCCUUCAUGAGAAUUAUGUACUCUUAUUCUCCAAGAGUAAAUUAAGAAAUGGGACGUAUAAAGAUAUAACAAUUAAUAAAACAAGGAAUUAGUAUUUCAGUACCUUUGCAGAUGACAUUAAGUGAGCUACUUGGAAGGUAUUUGGUCAUAGCUUGAGCCAAUGCAGGUUGAAAGAUCCCAAAGUUUUGAGACAUCUUGAACUGAUUUUCUUUUAACUCAAGGCAAUAAUUUCAGAGAGUUGCUCUGAAAAUAGGUGAUGGUAAAUCAAGUUGGACCAUCAGCUACAACUUAUUGUUUAUUCCCGUGCUUCAAAUUAUAUGAUACAUGGUUCAUGGAUACUCUGCAUUCGUCUAUGUCUCUUACCUUUCAGUUUCUCAUAAGUUGCAAUGUAUAGAUUUAGUUAAAAUCAAAGUACAAUAAAUGUAUUGACAAUAUUACUGCAUGGUAGCAUACUGUACAUAUUUUUCUAGAACAAUGUCUGUAUUUUUCAUAGUUAAAAUAUUUGACCAUUUGUGAGGUUGAAAUCAAAAGUAUAUACAGCAUAUGUGAUCAUAUUUGUGCACUGCUCUUUGACUUAGGAAAGGUUGUGUAAUCUUGCUUGUUGCAGUUUCAUGUUGUAAUUAAAGAAUUGAAGAGUUAAAAUGUUUAAACUACAGUAUUAAUAAAUCAAUUUUGUACAGGAAUGCUGUUUUCUACCUGUUUGGUUUAUGUAUUGUAUCAAGCUACACUUACUGCCAAUAAGCAAAGUUUAACACGAAAUAA